CUACUCAUACCUUUCGGGCCGCAGAUAAGUCCAGGAAACGUGAUCGCCGUCACAGUGUUCAUCAGUUCGGUCAUGAUUUGGUUUGCUGUGUGUACAUGGUGUUGUUUCAUCAAAGAAUCAUGUUGCCCGCGCGGUUUGUUCAUAUCUGGAAGAAUCGCAGCAAUGCUUGCCUCAAUUGCUCUGAUAGUUGCGCCGAUUGUUGUCCUAGUUCAGGGGGCAAAUAGUGACCAGCAUAAUGAUUUUAGUGUGGCGUUGCUAGUGGUUCUUAUUGCAGUAGGUGUUGCUGAGCUUUGUACAUGUAUAUCAGCUUUUUCUAUCAAAAUACUCCGCUGUGAAAAAAUAGGAGGGGAAGAUCAAAUCGCUGAAGAGAUGCAAAUGACGGAACGAUAAUCGAGGGAUUUUAAUGGGCUUUCGUAUUCUGUAAGCUUAGCAAAGUUUUAUCUCAUGUUCGGGUAUUACACAUUGGAUGAAGUACAUAUUAGAGAUAUGUACUUGAUUGGCUAAAUAGUGGCUUGUCUAACCCACGCAGAUAAUACGCGAAGUCUCACUCCUUGGUAUUCGGUCUCGCGAAUUGUUAUGACACGCGUAUUCACCGUGCAUGGUGAAUGCGACAUUGCAUUUCGGCUUUCUUCAAAGCACGCGGGUCAACAAGACAGCUUUCCCUCUGUUCAGCUCUUGGUCCAGAUUGCUCAAAAGAAGUUUGUCCCUACUUGGCGUUAGAUUCACUGAUGGAAAUAUUGUCAAGAUACAGUUAACGCCAAAUUUGACUUGAGCUGAACUCUUUUAAAAAUUACCGCGUAUUUUCAUCACCUUUAUAACAGUACCGCUCAAAGAUUUAUAAUAUACAUGUACCUAUCAAGCGAGUUAGGAACUUCAGAUUGUUACUUGUGGAAGACGACGCCAUCAAGUGAAUUACCCGUCAAAGAAGUUCAAAAUCAUCUCAACGUCCAAAUAUAUUGGUCAAAAUAUGAAGAUGUCGAUCGAUAUGGGUGGAGGCUACGGGGGAAUACCGCUGGAAGAUGGGGAAAUCCAACUUUCACUUCAUACGAUGUCAUGAGACCAUGUGUCAUCAUUGAAUUUCCCAAUCGAUGAUGAAAUUUAAAAUGCAUAGUGUGUCCUGAUGACUUUGGAAUUUAAAAGGUUUGGUAUAGACUGAAUAUUUUGCCUGAUUGGGAACUAAUCCAAUUAGCAAUGUCAUUGUCAGGCAAAUGUUAAUUAUUUCAAGCUUACACCAUUGCACAGUUAACAACCAGAAUGCAGAGUAGGCCUAGUAUCCCGCCAACUUCCUGCAGUUGUUUUCUGGGCCUGAUCUUUCAAACAAUAGGCCAAAGCAUAAUGCUCUCCAAUAUAAUGUCUAGUGGACUUGAAAAUCUCCAAACAUAUCAUACCGUGAGUUCAUAAAUUGUCACAUAUCACAAAUGAAACUGAAAACAUGGUCAUUGAUAUCCACCUUCUGCCUAUACGCAGGACAACUUUUUAUAGCAAUACGUUAUUUAUAACCUUCGAUUUAGGUCAGGGAAUCCAAUCGGACAAAGUUCAGUGAGUGGGAGGCCGAGUCAUCGCCAUUUACGGCAGAUCAGCUGAUCGCAGGCACUGCUUGGCUUGCAAGUCCAGUUAGUAGUGGGAACAUUGUUUUUGGACUUGGAUGUGUCUGUGCGAUUGACGAAGAUGCAUUUCUGAUGAGUGGUUAUUCUUUGUAGCGAGGAAAUAAAAUCAUAGCAGGAAGGCAUACACACAAAAACGAAGAAGAUGUCUCACGGGAACAUAGACGCACUCAACGAGAAGCUGCGAGAGGUGUUUGACCAGCCAGAGCUCGUCAUCGACACAAGUUACAAGUCUUUGUGGCCGGAUGAGAAACCGCCGAUGGACACAAACAAAAUCAUGCAGCAGGCAAUUUUGAAGAUUCCAGCCUUCCAACCUGAGGUCGUCCGGGAGACAUCGAGGUUUCCCUGCUUUUCCGGGGCCAAGCACAAUACGAUUCCUUGGCUAGAAUGCAGGAUCCGUGGCAUGGGGAGCUUUCUUCUCUUCCUGGCCCUCCUCAAUACUGUGUUUGUUGCCAUGGAGCUGUGCUGCGGGGCUUAUUAUUCGAAAACCGUGACGAUCAUUGGAUAUUCGGCGAUCAUAUUGACAGUUGGUGCGGCUGCGCAGACCAUCUGGCAUGUCGGUUUUUUAGAAUAUCGUGGAACAAGUCCCGUGAAAAUUUGCCUGAGUAAAAUGUUGCAAUUCACUGCCAUGGGAGUCAAUUUCUGUUUAGUAAUUCUAGCCGUGUUUUAUUCCGCGUCGGAACCUGAAUGCCGAAAGGUAGACUCGGAGGGUAAGGUCAUUUCUGUUACUGCCACCACUCCGUCUGGUGGUCCUAUGUGCUAUGCGGACAUGUAUAGCUCCUGCUUCGCUAUCCUCAUUGCUAUUAUUGUUUUGGGAGUGUUAGAGUUCAUUGUUGGACUGAUGUUGACGGAGAAGAUUUUUCGUGUUGAUGAUGAAUGGAAGAAGAAAGGACCAGGUCCUUGGGAGCAUUGAACAUUUUAAACAUUCUGAAAAGUGUUUAGUCGGAUGGUAGCUAAGUUCGAAGAGAGGUUCCAAGAGCGAUGUCGAUUUAAAACAUGUAUUCAGCAUUCUUGUUGGGAGCUUCUGAACGCUGGAGAUGGGAUGUCUGUGCUCGAAAUCUUUCUCGGCGUCUUAGAUGGCCUAGCUCUGGGGUGGUGCAUUCUUCUGAUAACUGUCCCUCCAGGGAACGAUGGUCAUGGAAGUUACGUUGAAUUCUUAUUUCCUGGUCUAAUCGUGUGUCGUGUUCUCAUAGAGUUGAGCAGCAUAUCAAAGAAUGACUCAGGCCGCAGUGAUUGCGUGUUUUCUGGGCGAUGAGGUUCGAUCGGGCGGACGAACAGAUUUGCCAGAUAACUCUGUUCCGUUUCGGCAAUGGAAAGUGAAAA